AGAAAAUGCACAUAAAUCCACUCGAUGAAAAGAUAUCUAGUCUAUGAGUAAGUAAAUGACUCCAUACUACUGCACCUGGAAGAGCUCGGGAGCAUUCAACCAAAUAUGGUAGGGGCGUGUGACAGGAAGCAUGGCAUUAGUAUAUCUUCAGCAGCGCAGUUUCAUUGCUUUCAUUUCCUCGUUAUGAGUUGCAGAGAGAGAUCUCGUCAGGCAAAGAGUCCUGACUCGGCACAAUGCUCAGACUCUAGAAAGGAGAGGCGGGAAACCAGCAGGAGGAAAAAGAAAGAGGAUCCUCUGAAGCCAAACCAUGCCGAAGAGAAGCCGUCUGUGAAGGAAACUACUAAAGAAAAGGGCAAACAUUUGACGAGGGAGCAUAGCAGAGAACAACAAAUGCCUCCGGAGAAGACUAAAACCAAAACCUAUUCCAGCAGGUCCAAGUCAGUGAAAACACCUCCGUUGCAUAGAGACCUGGGAUCACAAGCUACAACAAUGAGGUCAGAGACAGCAAAGGCUUCUCUCAAGGCCACUAAAUCUAAAGCUGGUGGUAAGGCAGAGACCCUAACACACUGUAUCAAGGCUGCAGGAAAGAUGGAAGGUGCACAACCUGAGGAGAAAAAGAUAGAGAGACCUUCAGGGAGGAAAAAAGAAACGGCUGCUGAAAAGUCCUACGAUACAGUAGAUGCUGACAAAAUAAAGCCACGUAUGCUGAAGACGAGAUCAGUUUCAGUGGACUCUGUCCUACAGUCUACUUUAAGAAAACUGAAGAUUAGGGUAAAGGACAAAUCGGAUACAAGUAAAGUUGUGAAUGAUUUUAUAGAAAACCUAAUUACGUAUUUAAAAAAGGAAACCGUAUAUUUUCAAGAAGUAGACGAACCGCUGCGCACGGGAAGUUAUUAUGAAAACCUUAAGAUCUCGGAUCCUGACGAGUUUGACGUUAUGCUUCCAAUGCCGGUUGAACGAGUUCAGAUCGAACCAUUUGGGGAAAAUGGAGCCUUCUAUAGCGUGGCAUUAAAACGUGGCAAUAGCCCUUUAAUGAAAUUCCAGCCGAAUGACAUUUUAUCUGCAAGUGAAAUGCUUCAAGAGUUCAGAAAAGAAGUGAAGAAAUUUGCCAAGGGAUUUCCAGCAUGGACGAUUGAGAAAAAAAAAGGAGGCUGCCCUGCAGUGACCUUGACCCACAAAGUGGGCUCAGUCAUCAUUUCCCUCGAUGUUGUUCUCUGUCUCAAAGUGAAAUUGAGCUGGCCACCUUUUACCAGCAAUGGUCUGAAAAUUGACCAGUGGCUUGGGACUAAAGUGAAACAGGAGUACAAACGGAAACCUUACUACCUCGUGCCAAAAUACGAAGGUAGAGGCAACGUGAAAAACGAUGGCGUUCUUAACAAAGAUGUCUGGCGGGUUUCAUUUUCUCACAUCGAGAAGGAUAUCAUAAAGAAACAUGGAUCGGAGAAGACAUGCUGCGAAAGAGAGGGAGCAAGCUGCUGCAGAAAAGACUGUCUGAAGCUCCUCAAGCAUCUCCUGCAUCUGCUGAAGGAAAGCAACUCUUCAUUCGCCAAGUUCUGCUCCUACCAUGCCAAGACGACGCUCCUCCACGCCUGCUGCUCCAGAACCAGAGACAGCGACUGGGCAGCGUCAGAUCUCAAUCGGUGCUUCGGCCUGCUCCUACAGGACUUCGAAAGCCACCUGAGACGCGGCGAACUCAACAACUUCUUCAUCCCCAGUCAGAACCUUCUCUCUGGUCCGGGGAAAUCCCUCUGCAAGCAUUUGGCAGACUGUGUCAAGGAGCAACGAGAAAACGGCUUCCCCAUCUUUGAGAGAGAUCUUUAAAAUCCAUAUCAAGCGUUAGAUUGGGGAAUUCUGAUCCCAAGCUCAACGUUCAUGUCAAAUUAAUUUCACUGACGUGAGAAAGAUUUUACAGGGGUUUUUCCCCCUGUAAAACAAACAAACUAUAAAUUAUUUAAAAAAUAUAUAUAUAUUAAAUAUUUAAAGAAAUAAAGUUGAAUCUAUUGUUUCCACUAAUUCAACAUUGUCUUCCUUUUAAGAAACACUAUACUUACUACAUUUACAAUUACAGUAGUUAUUUUUACGUUAUAUAGAUAUACUUUUAAUAUUACAAAGGUUUGGGGGUUUAUUAGCAUUUGAAUGAAAUAUAUUUAUAAUCAGCUGACUAACCUACUGCAAUGGCCCCAACAAAAUCUGUUGUACAAGCGUUAGUUGUCCUAUCAACACAAUCACACUCAGGUCCUUGGUGGCAUCGUCUCAGUCAUACCUUGUUCAUAUAAGGUGAAAUUGGGUGUUGCAAAGUCUCUAUUUUUUGUAUGAGAAAAGUCAUGUUUGUUCUCUUUUAAAUCUUCUUAUAUAAUCCAUUGGGCUUAUUUGUUUAAUGUUAACAAAAUACCAGUUACACUAAUUAUAAAACUAGAGGGGGAAAAUAGUCAUUUUGUGACUGAUAUUUCAGCAAUGCAAUGAUUGGCAUUGAUUAGUUUU